AUGCCCUGCCCUCCUCUCCCCGUGCGCCCACCCGCAGAGAUCGGCGCCCUAGCUGGGUCCCCCGGUCGCAGCACGCAACUCCGCUGCCGCCUCCAGGCCGGAUCGCGAAGACGGCAGGCCUUGACUCUGACCCAUUUCCAGUCUUGCCUGAUCGGCUCCUUGAGCCAGGAGCUCUUCCCUUCGGCCGUCAGGACUGUGCUCCUGGGUACCACAGAGGGAAGCUCCCAGAAAAUGAUGGCUGGGGACCCUGCCCUCUGUUGCCUCCUUGUAUGCCCUGCAGUUGCAACAACCACAGUGAUGUCUGUGGCCCAGAAACUGGGCAGUGUCUGGACUGCUAAAGAGUUACGAUUUCAGAAGAGGUUCCAGAAGCCCCAGGAAAAGCUGAAGGCAUUGAAGGAGGCAGCCGGUGGCCUCCUUUCAAACCACAGCGAAGAACUGCAGGCGGCAGAGGAACUUCUGAGGGAAACUGAGACCAAGACCCAGGAGAGCAACGGCCUGCUGCUCCUCGUCAAGGCCAACCUGAGAGAGUUCAGCAUGCAGUCACUCCUUGAAGUGUCUGACAACCCUCGAUUUCAUUUGUCAGUCCUUAACAAUUUUAUCACCUGUGAGAAUGCGAGCCAACAACCCAAGUUUGGAAAAGCUGAUUCCUAUGAAAAACUGGAGAAACUAGGAGAAGGACCUUAUGCAGCAGUUUACAAAGGGAAAAGCGAGUAA